AGCACCUCGUGACUCGGAAGUGUCGGAUGCAACGCCGCUGUAGGCUUGGGGUCUCGAACGUAGUUCGAACCUGAAAUUUCGGGCCGAGCCUGGACUUCCAAAAUUAGGGCUGUCUGUACUCGAUGUUAGCAAGGCUCCCUACAUGUGGGGCCAGCACCAUACAUCCAAGCUCCCUAGAGAGCCUGCAAACCACAUUUGCGAGCCAGCUAAUAUAGUGAACCAGCCGUCGCAUGUUGUUCCGCCGUGUGAUCCGUCCUGACCUGAUAUCGCUGCGGGGUGCCUUGCCGUCGCUCGCCAUCAUGCCGUCCGCCCCCCACCCUCUCUCCUCCUCGCACCCCCCUCGCUUCCUGCCUCGCCCCGUCGCAGCCCUCCUCGCGCUGCUCGCUUUCGCCCCGCUCCUCGCCCGCCUCCCCCCACCCCCCAUCCCUCCGCCGCUCCCCCUCGCCCCUCCCCAUCCCGCUGCCCCCCUCGCCGCCAUCGCCGCUGCCGCCCACCCACGUGCCGGCGUGGCUGUCGCAGGCGAGCAAGGGGGCAUCGGACGGCGGCUGCAGGGGCUGCGCGCGCGCAGCGAUGUGAGGCGCAAGUGGAAUGGAGGAAGCUUCCUCGAGUUUUCCGCAGACGAGAGUGCGCGCGUAAACGGAUUGGGGGGAGGCGGAGGCAUGGUGUGGCGGGCGGGAUGGUGGGGAAGGGGGGCUGGCUCGGACGAAAGGCAAUCUGGCGGUAUGGGCACGAGGGACGGCGGGGCGGGUGGCGAUGGCGUGGCGGAGAGCGCGAGGGCGCACGCAGUGACGGAGAGGGGCGGGCGUGGGGCGGACGAGCUGCCCCGCAGGGAGGGCGGGGAGAGCUCUGGGCGCAGCGUGCGUGUGGGCAGCACCGGGGGCAACAGCACCUCCUCUGCACGUGCUCACGCCGGGCAACAGGCAGCGCCGCAUGGCCACGCGCAGUGGCGCGUGCGGCGGGUGGCACUGCACCCGGCGGUGCGGCGAGACACAGGGCUGCCGCUGCGUUGCGACGAGUGGCGCAGCAACGCCGUCCUCCUCAUCUCCGCCGCCGCGCCCGGCCUCGGCCUCAGCCCCCUCCUGCGAGAGUUGGAUGCGCGGCUGCAGUCGGUGGGGCUGGCGUACACACUGGCGCUCAUGCCGCGCAGCGUCACCCUCGCCCACGCGCACAGGUACGCGCCUCUGUACCGAGCAGCACCCCUGGGAGGCAGCGCAGCAGUGGGGCUGCGGGCGUGGGUGCGGUACAGUGUGGCGCACGCAGAGGUGUGGGCGCGCGUGGUGGCGUUGCGGCUGCCGUUCGCGCUGGUGCUGGAGGAGGACGCCGUCAACCGAGCAGAGGGCGUCGCUGACUGGCAGCGCCGCCUUGAGACGCUGCUGUGGGAGCUCAACCUGCUCAUCCUGCAGCGCGCCGACCGCUUCUUCUUCCACGUGCUGCUGCUCGCCCGCCAUGCCUUGGCGCCGUACGCGGAGCAGCAGCUGUCGCCUGGCAUCGUGCGCGCGCAGCCCAGUGAAGCCUCCCACGCCUACCUCGUCUCCUAUGCCGGGGCCAAGCGCCUGCUGGCCCUCACCAGAUUCAACCGCCCUCUGUCAGAGAGCAUGGGCGCCAUCCCCGCCCUGACCGUGCUGGCGGCGGAGCCCCCUCUCUUCGCCACCACCAUCUUCGCCUGCUCGCCCAAGCCCUGCCGCACGCCCCCCCCCGCGCUCUCGCUGCCCGCCUCCACGCCGCUCACCCCUGCGUGCCGCGCCACCAUCCUGCUCGCUCUGCCCGGCCACCCCGCCUUAACCGGCGCCGCCCUGCACGCCACCUGGCCCCUGCACCGCCCUGCGCCCCACGGGCCGCUGCCGUCCAUCCCACGCUCCUCCCCCGCCUUCUGCGCGCUGCUCUCCCCCGCGCAGUGCCUGCUCAAGCACCACCUGCCGCACCUGCUGCCUCACGUGCACCCCCCUCCCCCUGCCGUCCUGCUGCCCGCCCUGCCCCCCUCGCUACCCCUGUGGCCCGCCUUCCUGCUCUCCCUGCGCCGCUCCCCCCGCCGCCUGCAGCGCGUGCUGCCCCUGCUGCAGCAGCAGGGCUUUGGAGACGUGGUGGUGGCGCAUGGCGUGGACGGGGGGAAGGGGGAGGGCGGGGGGGGAGGGGACGAGGGGAGGGAGGGGGCGUUGGAGAGGAACCUGGAGGUGUUUGGGCGGCUGGUGGACGGGGGGCACGCGUCGGUGACGCGGCGGUCCAUCAAGUGGCACAAGCUGGCGGAGAGGCGGCGCGAGAAGAUGACACGGGGGGAGGUGGCGUGCGCGCUGUCGCACUACCUGCUGUGGCUGGAGGUGCUCAGGCGCCAGCUGCCCUACGCCAUCAUUCUGGAGGAUGACGUCACCUUCACCACAGACACCUUCCGGGCUGACUUCGAGCGGAAUAUCGCAGAGGCCAAUGAGCUGUUGACACGUCAGCAUAGCCCAGAGUCACCACCGGACAUCCUAUUUGUGGGGCACAUGGGUGUGGUGCCGCGCCACUUCCUACCGCUGCUGGCCCCACACAUCGCGUUGGACGCGCUCUCGUGGUGCUCCUUCGCCUACAUCAUCUCCCAGCGCGGGGCCGCCCAGCUGGUCAGGGGCUUCCACGUGGACGACCCCCUCGACUCCCUCUGGUGGCGCCACCCCCGCCUCGCCUUCUGGGCUUUCCAACCGCCCCUCGCCUUCCACCUCUCCUCCCCCCGCCUCAACUCCCCCCGCCUCAACUCCUCCCUACCACAUCCUCCCUCCUCCCCCUCCCCUGCCCCUCCCUCUCAUCCACCUCAUCCCACCUCGACUCACAGUAUUGCUGGCAGCACAGCACACAGCAAGCGCGACAGCAGCAGCAGCAGCAGCAGCAGCAGCAGCAAUUCGCACGGGGCAGGGCGCAGAGGCCGGGGUGAGGACACCCCCCUACCUGAGCCGGUGUACCUGAGUGAGGUGCAGCAGGGGGGCGACCAGUGGCGAUGAAACGCCUGCAAGGUUGCAACCUGUCUGCAUGCCCGCCGGGGGUUGCAGUACAGCUUCCUGUAUGCUUACCUCGCCAUGCCAUGCGUCACACAGCAUGUCCACUGUGGCUUAGGGCGUAUUCCUACACCUGCUGUCUAGCCCCACCUGGUGUCACACUCGUGUGGUACAGGGCGGUUCACAUGUUUGAUACGAUCCUGGUUGCAACAACGCAGUUCUGGCAGGGGGUUGUAGGACCACGCCCUUAGAGACUGCAUGCAUGUGCAUUGGGGAUUCGUGAAUAUAAUGAGCCAUAACAU